UCAGUUCCCUCCCGCCUUCCUUCCUCUCUGCUUUAUUGCUCUCGUGCUUAUGGCGGCGCCCAACCAGGACGGGAGGAGAAGGAAGCAGUUUGGGAACCGCUUCCUCACCGACCCGGCUCGCCUCUUCCAGCACAACGCCUGGGAUAACGUGGAGUGGUCCAAGGAGCAGGAAGCCGCAGCGCAAGCGAAGGUCCAAGAGAACAGCACAGAGUUUGUGCCACAAGAUCAGCAAGAUGCUUAUGAGAUCAGUGCCAGCAAGUAUUGGAAUGACUUUUACAAAACCCACGAAGGCGGGUUUUUCAAGGACCGGCACUGGCUGUUCACCGAAUUCCCUGAGUUGGCUCCAAACCAGAAUGCCAGGGCGGUUGGCGUGUGUGUUUCUGAGGCUGCUGCUGCUGCUGCGAAAAACACAAAAGGCUCAGGCCUUCAGGAGUGCUGGGGCAAUGGACUUAGUUCACUUGAGACUGGGAUCUUGGAGCAUCAGAACUCGGAGAUAAACAGUUGUAACUCCAGCCCCCAAAUGCAAACAGAAGUGGCAGCGCAGAAACUGGAGGAACAAAAACUAAGAGACUUCCCAGGGUCAUCUGCUACUUACAGAAUACUAGAGGUGGGCUGUGGUGCAGGAAACACCGUUUUCCCCAUCCUCCAAACCAACAACGAUCCGGGCUUGUUUGUAUAUUGCUGUGACUUCUCCAAAACAGCGGUAGAGCUCGUCCAGGCCCAUCCAGAAUACGACGCCUCUCGCUGCUUCGCCUUUGUCCAUGACCUCUGUGAGACUGGGACCCCCUUUCCAAUGCCAGACGAAAGUGUGGACGUUGUGGUUCUCAUCUUCGUCCUCUCCGCUCUUCUCCCAGAAAAAAUGCAGUGUGUAAUCAACAGACUUAGCAAACUUCUGAAACCCGGCGGAAUUAUUUUAUUACGAGAUUAUGGCCGUUACGAUCUAGCCCAACUCCGCUUUAAAAAAGGUCAGUGUCUGGCUGAUAAUUUCUACGUGAGAGGAGAUGGCACCAGAGUUUAUUUUUUCACACAAGAUGAGCUGGAUUUGCUGUUCUCUACAGCAGGCUUGGAGAAAGCCCAGAACAUUGUGGACCGCCGCCUCCAAGUGAACAGAGGGAAACAAAUCACCAUGUACAGAGUCUGGAUCCAGUGUAAAUAUCGCAAGCCAAAGGACGACAAGGACUCUAUAGGAGAACGGAGCAGCUUUCAUCCUAGUGGCUGCACGUAGCGAGACUCGGACCACUCCCCUGGGCGGUUGCCCCCAUUACGCUGGGCAACUCAAUGCAGACUUGGUACAGCAAACAGCACUGCACGGUGCUUGUUAGAGGCACAAAGUUUACCGGCACCAGCCCCGAUACGGAAUGAAUUUUUUUAGUUUGCAGGGUGGUUAAUUGCCAAGUACCUGCAAUUAACUGUAAUGCAACUUUGUUGUCUCACAAUUCAUUUGCCGCCUUCCGAAUUAGGUGAGUUUAUUCCUGCAAAAACAGCACUCCCUAGUUUUGAUGGCGCCUUCUUCUCCUGCACAGUCCUGCUUCUGGCCACUUACUUGACCCGGAAAGGGGGAAGUCCCUUGCAAAUGGUCAGCUCUACUUUUCAGAGCUGAACAAACGUUCUUCAGAUGCAAGAACUUUUAUCAGACCAAAUGUUUUUUUUAGAUUCAGGAAUGUGCAUCGGACCAACAUCUCCCAUGUAUGCAGGUCUGGCUGUUUAACUAAAUCUAAACAAGAUCAACAUGGGUUUCAGAGCAUUGCAUCAGUUUCUGACUGCUCCAUGGAGUUUAUGAAACCAUGCCUUCUUAUACCUACAAUAUAACUUUUCUGCAUUGGCAGUGGGUGGGGUGGGGAAGAGCCUAAGAAAAUGUACUGGGAAGCUUGCAGCUUUCUAGAAUAAUUUCACAUUGUUUUAACAAAUAUUCACUGGCACAAGUGAUUGUUACCGCAUGGUCAACAAGCACGCUAGAAAAAAACGGAACAACCCUCUCCAGCCACCAAAUUUUAUAAAGUUAUAGUAUAUUUAAAACAAUUCUGAACUUAAUGCAAACAAAACAUGUUAAAGUUACAGGUAGGUAGCCGUGUUGGUCUGGGUCGAAGUAAAAUAAAAAAAUUCCUUCAGUAGCACCUUAAAGACCAACUAAGUUUUUAUUUUGGU